AUGGCUGUUGCUCUUCUGGAGCAGCAUGCGUUCGGAUCCGCCAUUUCCAAGCUUUUGGAAGCUCUACGGACGCAAAAGGAGCUUCCAAUAUGCCACAUCGCCGACUCCAGCAUGGAUCAGUGCAUGCUUCUCACUGAACUUAUGGUCAAUAACAAGAGCAGCAGGUUCUGCCCCGACCACACCUUUAUUUACGACCAGGGCAUACGACUGCCUUCUUCAGCAACUGAUUCCGACAUGAUCUUGGCUGCCGUCCUCUUCAACGCGGCACUGGCGUACCAUCGAUACGCCAGUGGCCACAAAUACCCUCCUCCUUUCCUCUUGCAUAAAGCCAAGCGCUUAUAUGAGCUCGCCGCGAAUGUGGCCGAGGGGAAAGGCGAUGUCUUGUUUCCAUUUGCUGUCAUUAACAACUUGGCUCUGAUUGAACACAAGCUUGGAAACACAACACAAUCGAUCGAGUACUUUGAAUUUUUGGCCCAUGUCAAAAAUACUGUUCUACUGAAUGAUGAACAACACGGCGCCUGCUGA